AUGGGCUCAAACAGUCCAUAUCGAGGCCCCUCGCGAGCAAAUCAGAUCGUCUCGGUGAAUUCAAAACACCUCCAUAAGAUCAUCGUCGGCGUCGAUUUUGGCACCACAUUUACUGGUGUCAGCUAUGUUGAUUCUACCAAAAAGGCCAUCGAGGACAUCAACGUGAUUCGCACUUGGCCUGGACCCAGCAGGGAACAAGAUGAGACAUGGAAAACGCCGUCGCGUAUUGCUUAUGGCCAGGAGAACCAAAACUCCAUCGAGGGAAACAACAUCAAGUGGGGCUACCAGGUGAAGCCUGGAAUGAAGUCUUACUCUUGGACAAAACUGCUGCUGGAUCCGGAACGGCCUUUGCUCCGACCCUUUGCUACCAAGACGGAUGUCCUCGAGGGCGAUGGACUGAUGAAGAUCCCAGAGUUCAAAACAUCCGCCCGAGACGUGUGUUCCGACUAUCUACGAGAGAUCUAUAACUACACAUACGCCCAUCUUGAAAAGCACAACACCAGUGCAAUCAUGAACGUUACCGCAUUGGAGUUCUGGUUUACUGUUCCAGCGAUUUGGUCUGACAAGGCCAAAAAUGAAACGUACCAGGCCGCGUAUACCGCAGGAUUUGGCACUCGCAUUGGGGACUCCAUUUCGAUGAUACCCGAGCCGGAGGCAGCCGCCGUGGCCACUUUGAGCGCCAUGGCUAAAGAUGAGCGUCAUAUAGGGAUCAGUGUUGGCGAUGGGAUUCUGAUUUGUGAUUGUGGUGGAGGCACAGUUGACAUUGUCACUUAUCUGAUUAAGCAGGUUAGACCGGACCUUCGAUUCGAAGAGCUUCUGGUCGGCACUGGGGACAAGUGUGGAUCAACUUACAUUGAUCGUGAAUUUCACAAGUGGAUGUUGAAGAUGUUUGGCGAGGGAUUUGAGAAGAUCAAGUUCGAGAAAAAAGGACCAGGUAGUCGCUUCAUGAAGGACUUUGAAGGUCACAAACGCGACUUCGGGGCCAUGAAUCACUCGGAUCAAACCUUUGAGGUUGAACUUGUGAUACCUGGUGCAUGGGACUCGGCACACUAUGACUCGGAAAAUAGCAUGGUGUUGUUCGGCCGGUCUGAAAUGGAAUCUUUCUUCAAGCCGGUCACAGACCAGAUCGAGGCUUUGUUGACCAAGCAAGUUCGUCAACUCCGAGAAAAAUCUCGUGCGUCAAUCAAGAAAGUUGUCCUCGUCGGUGGAUUUGGAGACUCCCGACACCUUGAGAGCAUUCUGCGCAACUGGUGUGGGAGACAAGGCAUCGAUCUCUUGUGUCCAGAGAACCCACAAGCAAGCAUUGUAAAAGGUGCUGCUCUCCGAGGCCUGAACGGCAUCCGACCAGAAAAGCGACUAUGUCGACUUCACUACGGAUUUAAGAUAGAUACCCCGUUCCGCGAGAAUUUUGAUCCGGAAAGCAGAGCCUAUAUUUGGCCUUGGGAUGGGAGGAGCAAGUACUGCCACGAUCGGAUGAGAUGGUUGAUCGAAAAGGUAUUUCAAGUCCCCUCAUCCUCUCCAGACUUUCUGCUUUAUAGUCGGACUAAGAGUGACCACCAGGGCAAACCUAUCUCCGAGGAAACUCGCAACCCGCUUCCGCUUCGCCAGAUACAUCACUACGGGGAUAGCUUAAGCUUUUCGUUUGAUGUGUAUACAUGUGACGAAACCACUGCACCCGAGUGGUAUGAAGCAGGUGUCUGUCGUUCCGUGGGCACCAUUCGUUAUUCCUUCUCUCUGAGCGACCUUUCCAGAUUCCAGUCGAAGAUCGACAGCUCGGGUCGCACAAUGUACCACCUCGAGUACAGCAUCCAGGCUGACAUGUUCGCAGAUAAAGGACUUCUGGAAUUCAAGUUGACCGGAUCAGAUGGGAAAGAAAUUGGGAAAACGGAGAUUGAAUAUGACUAG